AUGUCAUUGGAGCGGUUCUGGGACACAAAGCCAUCUGCGAAGCGCCGAAAGACUUCUGGGACAGAAAAAGAUACCGAUGACACAAGUUUCAAGCCCCCAUCGAGUCCCAGUCCAUCGGAUACCAUACUAGCAGGUGAGGCCGCACCCCAGAUCUUUAGCAGCCAAACAGAUCUGGAGACCUCGCUCCCUGUAAUUCAGACGGAUACAAAUGCUAUUCAAGAAUACGAGACAUCGCACGCUGCGAAGAUCAAAGAUUCUGAUGGUUUACAUGCAAGGCUGCGCGAUAGUUCCUGGCAAAAGGGGAAAAGCUCCAUAUAUGUCGAUGCAUUCAAUUUAGCACUGGAAACAGUGCUGAAUGAAGAAUCCCAUCUCUUCAAUGAGCCGGAGUUGGGGGUAUUCCAAGAGUGGAAAAAUCUAUCAUAUGAGUCUCAAUACCUAUAUGUGCGGCUCUUCUUGCGCAAAAGCUCUGCGUGGCAUCGCAUCGACCGGCUGGGCUAUCAUUCUGACAUAUCAGACUUGUCUGUUGUUGCCACGGACCUCCAACUCGACCGUGCCUUGCCCAAAGCUGAAUAUGAAGACCCGGCUGAAUCAGAUCCUUCGGACACCUUUAGGUUUGCCGAUGGCAGUGAGGAGAUUACCACGCUAGAAGAGGCUUCGUCCCUUCUGCUACUUGACGAGCUAAAAGCCUUCGCCAAAGAAGUCAAGGCACAGGGUAAGAAUAAAAAAGACCUUCUGGCAGCUCUUUGUGAAGCUAGCCAGACACAAAGUGGCUUAGGUUUCAAGGAUCAGCAGAAAAUCCUACAGGGCAAUAGAGAUGAUCAUUUUGUGCGGAAGAUCCUAGAUUAUACCGGUCCAUGCAUUCGAAUCGCCCCCGGUCCUUGCGCUCUCUUUGAACGUGUGCAUUUGGUCUUUUACAGAUCAAGUGAGUGGACAGAGAAAUCAUUGACAACUAUAAUCCUUGCCAAAUUAUCUCGAAGAAACUUUCCGGAGUACAUUGUUUGUCGAUCAAACUCCAUUUUCGCGUCCAGGGCUGCACUGCUGGAAUUCGAGGCUGCUAUCCGGACUCAGUUUGAAAUCGACAGCAUCUUGGAGUCCAACGGCACUCCAACUACCGAAUCAUUGCAGAGAAUAAUAGACCUUGCUAAUAAAUUUCAUCCUCGAUGGCAGGAUUAUGUGAAAGAAGAACAAAAGAAGGAAGAUUGCAUAUAUGAAAGUGGCGAGGGCGCUUAUCUUCGUCGUUUCUCACCGGGCUGGGUGUACACCAGAAUCAUUCAUAAGAGCCUGACAUCCCUUGGCCGCUUCAAGGAGCACAAGCGUGAGCACGAGGUUCUUUCCGAACUUCUAUCUCAGAGACUAUUCCAUGCUGCCCGCCGCGGUGCCUGGUACCAGAGAAAAGCACUGUUAGAAGAGCACUACAUGUGGGCGCUCAUACCCGCGGAUGAACGAAAUGAGGAAAAGCAACGUAAACACUGGAAACGACAGGCAUUACACACUUGUGAAAAUGGGUUAGAGGAUCCGCUUUGCCACCUUAUAUUUCACUAUGAUUUACAGAAGCGAAUUACUAAGCUUGAGAAGGCAUUGAGGAUAGUUAAACGAGAGCAGCAUGACUUUGGACACGCAAUGUUGAGCAAACCCGCUGAGCGAACCAUCGAGGGCAUUCGUAUGGAGCGAGAUGGGCCUGCACGCAAAGGCAAGCCGACCAUCUGGAUCGAUGAAAGGGAAGGUGGUGAGUGCAGGGUGGAAAGCAUGUGUUUGAGUUGGUAUCGAGAUCAAGGCUGGAAAGGAUUUCAUUCAGAGGGAGGUAUUGUCAGGACAUUGGUGAGAGCAGCACACACUUCACACCUACAGCGUAUACUUACCAACAGGGGGGAAACACAGUUCGGCUACCUUUUCUACGAUAUCCUCUUCACUUACGUUCCAAACGUCUUCCAAACCGCAUUCCAGACAUGUCCACUCGAUCUGCACACAGACGUAUUCUUCCCAUCCCGCGCCUCAGAGAUAAAUCAUCGCCUAGUAGAUAUAACGAACGGCGGUGCAGAGCGUAUAAUUCGCGAGAUCCAUAAUCGUGAAUCAGCCGCCCAGCCUUGCGCCAUUGGCAUCGACUGGUCAUUCGAACUGGACGAUCUGGUUGAAAUCGCUCAGUGUUUCCGAGGCGAGGCUCUUGCUACCAUUUGUAAGGUUUUGGCACAGGAAUACCAGCAGCGCGGAGGCGGAAUCCCAGAUUUGUUUCUGUGGAAUCCUGAGACGAAGACUGUUUUGUUUUCUGAGGUCAAGUCGGAGAAUGAUCGGCUUAGUGAUACUCAACGGCUUUGGAUUCAUAUUCUUCAUUCAGCUGGGGUACAGGUUGAGUUGUGUAAUGCUGUUGCGAGGGAGGUGAGACGAACUAAAUGA